CGCAGAGAAGAAAGGGGAGAGAUCCAGGGGAUCACUCACAACCAAGCAUAUGCUAAUGUUAAGCCAUGAAGCAAGCUCUCUGCAUAGAGCUCCAGCAGUUUAUCCCUUGAAGGUACAGCGAGUGCGAGCUGGGUCGAGAGAGAAGUUUCACAAACAUUCCUUCAGGUUUGCAGGUGCGAUUUCAAGUGUUUGAUUUUCUCUAUCUUUGAUUUUCCAUCUUUGGAACCCUUGUUUGAAUUUUAGGGGGAUUGCCAUGGAUCCUUUCCUUCGGGAAUUUGGUACUUGGAAAAUCACUGCUGCUGAACAAUGUGGUGGUCGGGAUGGUGGUGGACUCCUGUGUUAUCGACGGUGGCAGCUGUGCUGCUUCCGUUAAUCGUCUCCUCUAGGUUUAUGUUCCUUGAGAGGAGGGAAUCUGGAAGUGGGAGCUCAAAUGUCUCUUUACAAUCUGCGUCAACCACACCAGUCAAAGCUUCCCGUUCUGGGCUUAGUCCCGAAUUUGCCUCACUGCCUCUUCCCGCUGGAGUGUACGAGGUGUUCGUGAGCUGUACAAGUCCUGAAAUGCAGAACCAUUUCGGCGAUUUCCUCUACAACUACCUGGCUCGUUCGAAAAUUCGGACGUUUGGAAACGAGGAGCAGCUUCCCAAAGGCCAGAACCAAGAAUCUAGAUUUAGGGGGUCAGGUCUCGGGUUUGGGGUUGGGUCAAUUAUUGGAUUGGUUCGCGGGUUGGGCAAGUAGGGCUGACAUGGCGGGUAAAUAUGACGUGGCGAGUCAUCGUUUUUUUAGUGUUAAAAUACGAUGACUGUGAUUUUCUAUUAGCCACGUCAUCACUUAACGGUGGUCAUUAACGGAGUCUAACGGAGGUUAACGGAGAGUGAGCGAACUUGGAAUGUUCAACUAAUUUAAGUGACUAUAAAUAGAAUAAAUCAAU